AUGACUUCUUCACGGGAGCCUAAGUCAUACAUCAAUCUCCAGCUGGGCUGGCCUUCAACAUCCUUAUUCCCUAAAAAGCAAUUAGCCGAUGCUGCCCAGGCAAUCCUUCUCAAUGAUGACAUUGCGGCCAAGGCUUUAGUCUACGGCCCUGAUCAGGGCCAAGACUCCCUCAGAGAAGCGCUCGCCAAAUGGCUCAGUGAUUUCUACCAACCUUCAGCUGGCUCAACAUCCCCGCAGCGCUUGUUCAUCACCAACGGAGCUUCGGCAACGCUCUCCAUGCUUCUCACAAGAUUCACCGACCCAGAGUUCACUAGGUGUAUCUGGAUGAUCGAGCCGACCUAUUUCCUAGCAUGUCCAUCGUUCCAAGAAGCUGGCUUCGAGAGCCGGAUGAGGGGAGUCCCUGAGGACGACGAGGGCAUUGACAUCGACUACCUUAGAAAGGGACUGUUGGAGAUGGAAACAAGAGAACCACCCAACCCCGCUUUCAUUAGCACCGUGGCGUCUCCAAAGGUCUAUCGGCAUGUCAUCUACGUCGUGCCAACCUUCAGCAAUCCCAGCGCAAAGGUCAUGUCUCUCUGCCGCCGGGAGCAACUGGUCGAGUUGGCCCGGCAGUUCGACGCCCUGAUCAUCGCAGACGACGUGUACGACUGGCUCCGCUGGCCCGCAGACCAAGGAGCAUCCGGAUCAUUUGAGCUUCCCCCACCUCCCCCGAGACUCGUCGAUGUGGACCGCGCCUUACCAGGCGGCGACCCCUGGGGCAACACGGCGAGCAAUGGUUCCUUCUCCAAGAUCGUCGCUCCAGGGGUGAGAGUCGGGUGGGUCGAGGGGUCUCCUGAGAUGGCGAAGGAGUUGUGUAAGCUGGGUUCCGUCAGAUCGGGAGGCUGCCAGGGACAUCUGUCGUCCAUGUUCAUGGGCCAUCUUCUGAGUAGUGGGGCAUUGGAUGAGCAUAUCCACGGGAAACUGAUUCCGACGUAUCAAGAGCGGUACCAUGCUAUGAUGAAAGCUAUUUUGGAAUAUCUGUCUCCUUUGGGCAUCACUGUUGCGCCAAGGCAAUCUGAGUCUUACGAAGGUGAACCCGGCAUAGUUGGAGGAUUCUUUGUCUAUCUUGACUUACCUCAUGACUCCAUCUCGGGUAAACAGUUUGCAGAGCUCGCUCUGGAACGCCACAAUGUCCGAGUAGCACACGGUGGAAUGAUGACUGUGGCAGGUGACCCUGGCAGUUUGGAGCGGGCAAAGGCCAGCUUUGGAGUGGGAUUUAGGUUAUGCUGGGCAUGGCAUGACGUGAUUGAGAUCCAGGAUGGCAUCAUGAGGCUAGCCGCCGCAUUCAAAGAGAUGCGAGGGAAUCCAUAG